UUUUUGUUGAUGCGGAAGAGAGCCAAAGCUUUGGGGAUGUUUGGUUUUUAAAGUUGUUCGACAGUAAAACAUAUGUAAUAGAUAAUACAGAGCGGGGAAACAAAAGAAGGGAGCGAGGUUACAGCUUUAUUUGAAAAAAACUUUGACCGACAUAACAUCUAAUGGCGGGCAGUAAUUUACAGAAAGCUAUAGAUCUGGCCAGCAAGGCUGCAGAGGAAGACAAGGCCAAAAACUAUGAAGAGGCCCUCAGAUGCUAUCAGCAUGCAGUGCAAUACUUCCUUCAUGUUGUUAAGUAUGAGACGCAAGGCGAACGGGCGAAGCAGAGCAUCAGGGCGAAGUGUGCCGACUACCUGGACAGAGCUGAGCAGCUCAAGCAAUAUCUGAAGAAGAAGGAGAAUACUCCUCCAGCUAAACCUGUCAAAGAAUCCGGUGACAAAGGGAAUGAAAGUGAUGAAGCAGAUGAUUCAGAAAAAAAGAAGUUCCAAAAUCAGCUCUCAGGUGCCAUUGUUAUGGAAAAGCCAAACGUCAAGUGGGACGAUGUUGCUGGACUUGAGGGAGCCAAAGAAGCCCUGAAAGAAGCUGUUAUCCUGCCCAUCAAAUUCCCGCAUCUGUUUACAGGAAAGCGAACACCUUGGCGGGGGAUCCUUCUGUUUGGCCCUCCAGGAACAGGGAAAUCCUACUUGGCCAAGGCGGUGGCCACAGAAGCUAACAAUUCCACCUUCUUCUCCAUCUCUUCCUCUGACCUCGUGUCUAAGUGGUUGGGAGAAAGUGAAAAGCUGGUGAAGAACUUGUUCUCGUUAGCCAGAGAACACAAACCAUCGAUCAUUUUCAUUGACGAGAUCGACUCCCUCUGUGGCUCCAGGAGCGAAAAUGAGAGUGAAGCAGCUCGCAGAAUCAAGACGGAGUUCCUCGUCCAGAUGCAGGGUGUUGGUAAUGAUAAUGAGGGAAUCCUGGUCCUGGGUGCAACUAACAUACCGUGGACACUGGACUCCGCUAUCAGGAGAAGGUUUGAAAAGCGAAUCUACAUUCCUCUGCCGGAGGAACAUGCUCGUUCCUACAUGUUUCAACUGCAUCUGGGCUCUACCCCCAGCGACCUGACAGAGGCUGAUUUUGUGACUCUGGGUAAAAAGACAGAGGGCUACUCUGGAGCUGAUAUCAGUAUAAUCGUCAGGGAUGCUCUCAUGCAACCUGUCAGGAAGGUUCAGACAGCCACUCACUUCAAAAAGGUUCGAGGAUCAUCAUGGAACAAUCCUGGCACUGUGGUGGAUGACCUGCUCACUCCGUGCUCACCUGGAGAUCCCAACGCCCUUGAAAUGAGUUGGGUGGAAGUCCCUGGAGAGAAACUUCUAGAGCCAGUUGUGUCCAUGGCUGACAUGCUGAGGUCACUAAGCAACACCAAGCCGACAGUGAACGAGCAGGACUUGGAGAAGCUGAAGAAGUUUACUGAAGAUUUUGGUCAAGAAGGCUAAAAAAUACUCUAAAUAUGUCUCUACUCAUAAAUAGGACUGCAAGUAACAAUUAUAUUUACUGUCAGUUAUGCUUCUGAUCAUUUGAUUCAGCUCUUCAACUAUUAUGUGUCAAAAAUGGUGGAAAAUUUCACAGGUUAAAUGGGCCAAAGCUCAUGUAUUCAGUCUUACAGCUGACAAAAAAUAUUAAUCUCUAUGUCAGUCGUAGAUCGUUUUUUUUAAUCAACCAACCAGUUGAUGAAUCAACUAUUUCUGCCAUAUUAAUCUAUCGAUCCACUGAAGUUCACGUUUACAUUAUUUUUUUAAGGGUUUUUCAUAUUUCUUUAACUUAUUUCAAACCAAAGCCUUUUUUUUUAAAUGCAUAUGUGCAGUGUGUAUGAUGGCAACAGUGGGUAGCACACUUUCUGUCGUCUAAGGCAGAUGAUACUGCGAUUAACAGAACUAGUGUCAUGGUUGGCACUUAUACGGUCAAAUCUGUGAACACUAGCAAUCACUACAUACAGAGUUAUCAUUAAUGGCUUCAAUGAGGAUCUUCUGGGGUUUCUACUGAAAUGUAAUAAUACUAAUGAAAUCAUUUUUAAAUUCUGAUUCUUUGCAUAUUUUCUGCACCUUUUUCCCCAUCUUGUCUUGAUAAAUCAUUGUGACACCUUGUUAUACUUCAGCUCUACUUCUAAACUGUCCAACUUUUGUAGUCUAUUAUGAUCAGAGUUAUUUAUAAAAGAAAAUGCUCCAACUGUGCUGCCUUUAAAUAUUUCUUUUGGGUUUGCAUGAAUUAAAAAAAAGGUCACUUGCACUUUUCUUGUAUUCUACUGGAUAUGUUCUGUGAACAGAAGUCUCAGGGUUAAAUAAAGGAAACAAAACAUUU